AUGUGGCUGGACUUCGACAUCUUCCUGGUGCGCCAUCCAACUUCGGCGAUCACUCGGGCAGUCCAAGACUACGAGCUUCUCAUGGGCUACGACCUGGAUUCCGACUGUCUUUGCAACGGAUUCUUCUACAUCCGUGCCCGGCCGCGCACUCACCGUUGGCUCUUUGAGCUCGUGCGGUGGCUCUACGACCAUCCGUACGAGCAUGACCAGCGCGCCAUGGGUGCGUUCCUGAACUACACGGAGAAGAUCUCUGCCGAUCUGGAGGAGCUCCCGGCCAUCCCGUCCUGGCACGUCUUUGAUGAAGAGCCACUUGGUCACAGGCUUUACCACGAA